AUGUUUUUUCAGGAUAAGAAGUUUUUAAAGAAGGCUUUUCAAUUUAGUGAUGAAAAUUAUGACCCAGCACACACUGAGCAUAAAUGUAAACAGAAGGAAUUAGAAGAACUUAGGACUGUUACAAAGCCUGUUUAUGAAGAUCUCAAUGGUUAUUUUGGUAACAUCAAGGGUCAAAUACCUGCAUUUGGUUACCCUAGCAUCAGUUUCGAAGAGGAAGGAUCCUCUGAUUCUACCUGGGGGAAAAUCUAUCAUAAUAUUAUCCAGAAUAGUUCUAUUAAAGAUCUAUACCUCAAGAGAAUGCUGAAGGAGUAUAAGAAGGAAAAAUCAAAGAAUAAGAGAAUUAUGAAACAGUUCGCACUAGGGCGUAAAAUUACAUUACAAAAUCCUGGGCAUCCUCAUGAUUCUGAAGAAGAUGAUAUAAAACAGAAGUAUAAUGAAAGGUACUCUAGUGUGCGUAUCUCGUCAAGUCUAUUGACAGGAAAAUAUCCCUUAGGACAUAUACAAUCAGUGAAUAAUUCCUGGACCCCGAGUCAAGAAUGAAAUAUUACACUGAAUAAAUCGAAGUUCAGAUCAAAACCUCAUUGAUUGAAACUGAAUAAUUAUGCAGGUAAAUCUAGAGCGAAGACUACCAGAAAUAAGGAAAAUAACAAAAUGAAAAGAGGAAGGAUGAUGAGUCAAGAGAUCAUUAUAAACGUCAAUUCAAAAACACCAAAAUUCACAUCAAAACAUCAUCCUGCCGCCCUAAAAAACCCUAAAUCUAAACCAAUUAUUCCUAAAAAAUCCCAAAUUCUCCCUGAUCCUCACUCUCAGAGCCGCCAUAACCUCUGCAAACUCGAAUUUUUCAAUCGAAAGCCCAAGAGACUGUCUAUUAAACAGCGUCUUCGUAAUAAAUAAAGUUGUCAAUAGUACAAUAUCAAGAUUGUUCCCACAUAAUAGUGAUAAGAUUAAGAAGAACUACAGGCUGAAGACCAACAGGAUGACGAAAUUGCUAGAAAAGAUUAGCAACGGCAUUAAGAAAGACAACAACGGCCUCACAAAGCCUUUUGGGUUAAGAAAAUUUAGUCUAUAAUCAAUACGGUGUUAUAAA